UCAGAAGAAGAAGAAAAACCUCGUUAGCUGUGUGGUUAAAGUCGCAUGAUGUUUAUUAACUAAAGUUGAUUAACUCUCGACGAUAAUGAGUUCUUCAAAGGACAGACGUGGAAAAAAAAGAGCUGCAUCGCCAAGUGAAGAUGGAUCAACGCAGUGGGCAUCAGCUGAUCUGGGAAGUGAUGAGAGAAAGCAGAAGUUUUUGCGCUUAAUGGGUGCUGGCAAGAAAGAGCACACCGGGCGCCUCGUCAUCGGCGACCACAAGUCAACGUCACACCUCCGCAGUGGAGUGGAGGACAAGAAGAUCAACAAAGAGCUGGAGCUGCAGUACCACCAUGGCCUUGACGCCAAGCUGUCGGGUCGGAAUCGUCGACACUGUGGUCUUGGCUUCAGUGAGCCUGAAUCCCAGCCAGUGGAGGAGGAGGAGGAGGAUCGCAGCAAAUCCCCAGAAGCGGAGAAAUCCGGCAGCGAUUCAGACUCCACAGAACGCCCCGACAAAGGUGGCGUUGCCAAAGCAAAGGAAGAGGCGACCGAACACACAGAGGUUGGCUCGGACACCACGGAACGUAAACGUGCCUAUAAAAUGACGUUUGUAAAGUCGUCGUAGGGUCGAGUGUCAGCGGUGAGGAGGUCAAGUUUAAUGUUCAGUUAAAGGUCCAGUUUUCAUGUAAGUCUUCAAACUUCAGCCGCUCUCCAGCAUGGCGCAGGGUCCUUCUGGUGUCUUUAAUAUGGAAGCCACACCCACCAGCAGGAAGAUUUUAACAAACUUUUCAGAGUAACGCAAGUCAUCAGUUGUGUAAAAGCAGACUUAAAAUUUGCUGGCAAUGCUUUCCGGGAAAUGAAAAAUAAAAUGGAAACUCUGCAUCGUCUGUUGAUUUAAACAGGAAGCUGUACUAGCCACGCCUCCUUCCUACAGCACAGGUCAUGUGGUCAGGGGGAUGCGCAUGUCUGAGGGUGUUCAACAUGAAAGCCCAAUUUUU